AUGGCUCCAGCGACCGUCCAUCUCCCCGACUCCAAUGGCCCUCUUCUAGCAGAAAAGCUGCAAGCCCCCGCGAAAGAAGGCCCUCACCAUGUUCAGACUACGCUCACCUUUGUCAAAGAGAACGAAGAUGGCUCCCCCCAAGCGCCAAUAUAUAUCGGAAAGCCAGAGAGCUACGAGCGACCUACCGUCACUAUCCCUGCCACCAUUCAUGAUAUCAGUGGCCACGAGCAUGAAUACACCCUAGACAGCCACGGAUUCCAGUUCUACUACCACAACAGCCAAGUGAAGGAAUUCACCGACGAUGACAAGAUACGAGCAGACUAUUACCCAGAGACAGAGCAGCUGCUCAAAGAUGUCACGGGGGCCUCUCGGGUCUUCAUAUAUGACCACACCAUCCGACGAGCCGCAAAAGAUUGGACCACCAAGGGUCAGCCCCGUGGUCCGCUCAAACGUGUUCACAUCGACUCGUCCUACCACGGCGCCAAGUGCAAAGCCUGGCACUAUCUUCCCGACGAAGCACCCGAGCUCCUCAGGGGCCGCUACCAGAUGAUCAGCGUCUGGCGCCCGAUCCGUACCAUUCUCAAGGACCCGUUGGCACUUGCCGAUGCGCACUCUGCGCCCGAAAGCGGCCUGUUCCCCGUCAAGUUUAUCGCCCCGGACCAAGAGGGAGAGGCGUGGAACGUCAAGGCAGACCCAAACAUUAAGUGGUACUUUCGCUACAAGCAGACUCCGAAUAUGGUUACUUUGAUCAAGUUUUACGACUCCAAGGUGGAUGGGAGGGCGAGGCGGGUGCCUCAUUCGGCGUUUGUUGACCCAGCGACGGAGCAGGAGGCGACGAGGGAGAGCAUUGAGAUGAGGGCAUUGGUUUUUCAUCCCGAGGAUCGUGAUUAG